AUCAAUGGUGGGUCUUGCAUCAUUGAUUGCUAUGGAUGUCACUACUAUAUAGCUAUCCUUUGGUCUUACCCUCUUGAACCCAUCUCGAUUAGAUUCCAAAUAAUCCAUCUUUGAUUCAAAGAGGAAGCAUUCAUCUUGAUCUGAAUUUCAUGGCAUCGGUUAAGGUUGAUUUUGAGGUUGGAAACGAUGGGGUUGCUGUUAUCACUAUGUGUAACCCACCCGUGAAUGCUUUGGCUGUUCCAAUUAUCAAGGCGUUGAAAGAUAGAUUUGAUGAGGCGGCGAGGAGAAAUGAUGUCAAAGCUAUAGUUUUAACUGGCAAAGGUGGCAGAUUUUCUGGCGGUUUUGACAUCAGUGUUAUGCAGAAGGUUCACCAGACUGGUGAUGUCACGCUUGUCCCUGAUGUCUCUGUGGAACUAGUAGUCAAUGCAAUUGAAGAUUCAAAGAAGCCUGUUGUUGCAGCAGUGGAGGGGCUUGCUCUUGGAGGUGGCUUAGAAUUGGCCAUGGGAUGCCAUGCACGUGUUGCUGCUCCAAGAACUCAACUGGGCCUGCCAGAGCUGACACUCGGUAUUAUUCCCGGAUUUGGAGGCACACAGCGUCUUCCAAGGCUUGUUGGGCUGUCAAAAGCUGUUGAAAUGAUGCUGAAAUCUAAAUCAAUUACGUCAGAAGAAGGGAACAAACUUGGACUUAUUGAUGCUAUUGUAUCUCCUGGGGAUUUAUUAAAUGUAUCUAGGCGUUGGGCUCUUGAAAUUGGAGAGCGACGCAAACCUUGGAUUCGUUCACUUCAUAAGACAGACAAACUUGGUUCCCUGUCUGAGGCACGUGAGGUGUUGAAAACUGCCAGAGAACAUGUCAAGAAGACUGCUGCGCAUUUACCUCAGCAACAGGCUUGCGUAGAUGUGAUCGAGCAUGGAAUAGUUCAUGGAGGUUACAGUGGAGUUCUAAGGGAGGCAGAAGUUUUCAAGCAAUUAGUUUUGUCUGAAACCGCGAAAGGUUUAAUCCAUGUCUUCUUUGCUCAGCGUGCAAUAUCAAAGGUGCCUGGUGUAACGGAUAUUGGACUUAAGCCAAGAAAUGUGAGAAAAGCUGCUGUUAUUGGGGGAGGUCUAAUGGGUUCUGGCAUUGCUACAGCUCUUAUACUGGGCAACAUUCAUGUUAUACUCAAGGAAGUCAAUUCAGAAUAUCUUCAGAAGGGAAUAAAAUUUAUAGAAGCAAAUGUUAGUGGCUUAGUAAGAAGAGGGAAAUUGACAAAACAGAAAGCAGACGGAGCUCUCUCAUUGCUUAAAGGUGUUCUGGAUUACACAGAAUUUAAAGACGUCGACUUGGUAAUUGAGGCUGUCAUUGAAAAUGUCGGUCUUAAACAAACUAUAUUUAGUGAUCUUGAGAAGAUCUGUCCUCCACACUGCAUUUUAUCUACAAAUACAUCAACGAUUGACCUUAACCUUGUUGGCCAAAAGACCAGCUCUCAAGAUCGCAUUGUGGGUGCUCAUUUUUUCAGUCCUGCUCAUAUUAUGCCUCUUUUAGAGAUUGUACGGACAGAUAAAACUUCUUCCCAGGUGAUUCUUGAUCUGAUGACAGUUGGUAAAAUCAUAAAAAAGUCACCUGUUGUGGUGGGUAACUGCACUGGCUUUGCGGUGAAUAGAGCAUUCUUCCCGUAUUCACAAGGUGCCCAUUUGUUGGUCAACUUGGGUGUGGACGUAUUCAGAAUCGACAAAUUGAUAAGCAAUUUUGGCCUUCCAAUGGGUCCUUUCCAGCUUCAGGACUUGGCUGGCUAUGGAGUUGCUAUGGCAGUUGGAAAAGAAUUUACGACAGCCUUUCCCGAUCGCACAUUUCGGACUACACUGCUUGAGCUUUUGAUCAAAAGUGGGCGAAAUGGGAAAAACAAUGGGAAAGGGUACUACGUUUAUGAAAAGGGUAGCAAGCCAAAGCCUGAUGCUUCAAUACUCCCAAUCAUUGAGGAGUCUCGAAGACUUUGCAAUAUUAUGCCGGGUGGAAAGCCCAUAUCUGUUACUGACCAAGAGAUCGUGGAGAUGAUACUCUUUCCGAUAGUGAAUGAAUCUUGUCGCAUUUUAGAAGAAGGAGUUGUUAUUCGAGCGUCAGACCUUGACAUUGCAUCUGUUCUUGGAAUGAGUUUCCCAAGUUACCGGGGUGGCAUUGUUUUCUGGGCCGAUAUGGUUGGGGCUAAUCAUGUGUAUAGCAGCCUAAAAAAAUGGACAGAAUUAUAUGGUAACUUUUUUAAACCAUCAAGGUAUUUGGAAGAAAGAGCAUUGAAAGGCAUUCCAUUGAGUGCACCUGCUUCAUCUAAUCCAAGGUCAAAGGCGCGCCUAUAAGAAAGAGAUGAUUUUCCCAAGUGUUAUCUAGUUCAUGAUAUUUUCUUCCUUCCAAGUUUAAAUAAUAAAUCAAAUUUGAUCUUAUAUCAUCAAGUUCAACCCAACCCCAUGGUGUAACUUAAAGAAAUUUUCAAGGGGAAUAUUUAUUUAUUUGGGGUCAUGAGGUUUAUGGUUCUGCAACUUUUUGAAAUUGUAUGAUCAAUUUAAAGUAAUUGUGGCUAUAAAAAGUUUCCCCUUGUUUAA